UUAUUCAUAUUGCGAAAUUACCUUAGAUAUCGUCGUCCUCGUCCCCCCUCUUAUUUGUCCGAUGUGUGCUUCUGACGCUCUCUCUGUGCCCUUUCGUCCUCUCACCUCUCUCCGCUGGCCGUCCCCCCUCCUAUCACCGUCGUUCACCGCCGAUAUCCACCACUUAUUGCCUUCCAUUACACCAUCCACGUUCUGGAUACGUCCAAGCUAUUGAUCCAUUGCUGACCCCGCAAUCUGGCUUCAGAGGGAAAGCUGGAGUGGGAGGAGGCCAAAAUUAAUGUCAAAGAAGACAUUGAGGAUUUGGCACUUUUUUUGUGCGGCUAGAUUGUAAUUUGAAAAGGAGAAAGCUUUCCAGAUAGAUUUACGCAUGUAGAAAGCAUCUAAGAGGAGGCAUAGAGGCCACUAUCUGUAAUCCUACCUUAGCUUUAGGAUCGUUUGAACAGGGAAAAGUAGAUAUUUUGUAGGUUAUUAGUCCCUUAAAGAUCGACCCUGGCUAUUCAUUAUUAGAAUGGUUCAUUAGCGUAACAAAUCUGUGGAGUUUGGGCAAUGGCUUUUCAUUCGGAAGAGGAAAAGACCGAGGAUUAUCUAUUCAAGAUUGUUUUAAUUGGUGAUUCAGCCGUUGGAAAAUCCAAUUUGCUUGCAAGAUUUGCUAGAGAUGAGUUCUACCCUAAUUCGAAGUCAACUAUAGGAGUAGAGUUCCAAACCCAAAAGAUAGAUAUCAAUGGUAAGGAGGUCAAAGCACAGAUAUGGGACACAGCUGGUCAAGAGCGGUUCAGGGCUGUCACAUCUGCAUAUUACAGAGGUGCUGUUGGUGCUCUUCUGGUAUAUGAUAUCAGUAGACGCCAGACAUUUGAUAGUAUUGGCAGAUGGCUUAACGAACUCCACACUCACUCUGACAUGAACGUAGUUACGAUACUUGUUGGCAACAAGUCCGAUCUCAAGGAUGCCAGGGAGGUACCCACUUCUGAGGGUAAAGCCUUGGCAGAAGCACAGGGUUUGUUUUUCAUGGAAACAUCUGCUCUAGAUUCGUCCAAUGUCUCUGCCGCUUUUCAGAUGGUCGUGAAAGAGAUCUAUAACAUACUAAGCCGCAAAGUUAUGAUAUCUCAGGAGCUCAAGAAACAGGACCCCAGUUGGGUAGGGAAUGGGAAGACGGUGGUUUUACAAGACGGGAGCCAAGAAGCAGCUGCAGCAGAGCCUAAAAAAGGUGGGUGCUGUUCAUCAUAGGGAUACACAACACAUGAGGUGUGGAUGGAUCUUUUUGGCAGGUCCCGACAAGCCUCUUCUCUCUCUCUCUCUCUCUCUUUUUAUUUUGUUCCCACUAACGUUCCUUGCGUUCACUCAAUCGGUUGAAGAUAAGAAAUUGAGGUAGAAGAUGUAAAUCACCUGAAAGUUGGAUUAGAAAGGCUUAUACAUUGUUCAAAAUUCAGUAUUCGAUGCACUGCACUUAACCA